UUUAAGAAGCCAGCAGAGAGCGGUCCCGUGGUCCUCUGGAAACCUCGUGUGCGCGACCCGGUAAAGCAAGUCUGCGACGGAGCCAUCCGUGGCGACGUUCCUCUGAGACCGCAGCCCUUUUUCUCCCCGGGCGCUGAUAGCACGCUCGGCCGCGCAGCGUUCUGGGAAGUGUGGUUUUGCGCCGGGGUGGGAGGAGUGCGAGAUGCCGGUAACUUGGCGCCAGACGCGGAGGCACCUGGGAAAUGCCGGACGGUUGUGGGUUCCGUCCUCCGUCCACCCCGCUGUAGCAUCGGGCAGGCGGCAGACUUCCCCAGGGAUAGUGCGGUUCUCGUGACGGCGGUUGCCGUGGUCCGCGGAGGUGCAAACUCCGGACCGCCCGGCGCGGGCCUCGGGGGCCAGGGAGGGCCCGCCGGAACUCAGGCAAGUGUGAGUCCCGGCAGGGCGGCGGGGCGCCGGCCACGCUGGUGCCGAGUCUACCCCGCGGUGUGAGCACCAGCUGGGCCUUAGCUUCCUGGGCCUCUCUGUAAAAGGGGUGUCGCUUACCUCCUUGAAUUGUUGCGAUAAGGAAAUGGGCGAGUGAGUGUGCAGGCUACGCACUGAAAGAAAACCCCGUCCGCAAUGGGCUUUAGCUAAUCCGGUCAUGAAACUGAGGCUUUUCAGUUGUGCAACCUUCAACAGAUUGGCUCAGUAUCGCGGAGUUUGUUUUCUCACCCUUUAGAAAAGAUGUAUGGAAUAAUGUGAAUUUCCACCAUGCAUAGUUGUGAAGAUUGAACGAGCUCUUAACAUGGUUACUGUUGUGAGUCUCCUGUGUGUGUAUAAAAUAUAUACUUAUAUACAUGUAUAUUGUGUGUAUAGUAGAUUUACACGCCGCUGGCGCCUGGUGAAUUUUUACCUCGUGUUGAGCACUCUGCUAGUUCAGGGAAAAAAAUGGAGUCCUACGAUGUGAUUCCCAGUGUACUUUUCCUUGCAAGUGGGUUACGGAACUGCAAGAUAAGCCUCGUUUUUCAUGGCUUCUUUUUUGUGUUCUUGAUCUGCCUUCUCAGGACACUACUCUUCUUAAAGACAAGAACCUUGAAAGAGGAUUGUGUUGACUAUUGGAAAUUGCAAAGUCAUGUUCCAGGUGACAUUUAGUGAUGUGGCCAUAGACUUCUCUCAUGAAGAGUGGGGAUGGCUAGAUUCUGCUCAGAGGAAUUUAUACAAGGAUGUGAUGGUCCAGAAUUAUGAGAACCUGGUUUCUCUAGGUCUUUCCAUACCUAAGCCGUAUGUGAUCAGUUUAUUGGAGGAUGGGAAAGAACCUUGGAUGGUGGAGAAAAAAUUGUCAAAAGAUUGGGAAUCAAGAUGGGAAAAGAAGGAAUUAUUAAUGAAGGAGGAUAUUUAUGAUGAAGAUUCACCCCAAACGGUAAUAGUAGAAAAAAUUACAAAACAGAGUCAUGAAUUUUCAAAUGUUAACAAGGACUGGGAAUUUAUAGAGGAGUUUGAGGGGAAGCAUGAAAAUCAGGUAGAACAUUUCAGACCUGUGACCCUCACCUUUAGAGAAAGUCCCACUGUGGAAGGUGUUUACAAGUUUAGAAGCAUCCUCCAUUUAAAGUCUAUUCUUUCUGAACCAGAGAGAAUUUCUGCUGAAGGGAAAUCACAUAAACAUGAUGUAUUUAAGAAGAGUUUACCAAAAAAGUCUGUCAUAAAAAAUGACAGUAUCAGUGGUGGAAAGAAACUUUUGAAUUCUAAAGAAGGUGUGGCAGUCUUCAGCCAGAGCAAAUCUCUUACCCUUAACCAUUCUUAUAAGAGAGAGAAAGUCUAUACAUGCAAUGAAUGUGGGAAAGCCUUUGGCAAGCAAUCAGUCCUUAAUCGCCACCGGAGAAUUCAUACAGGAGAGAAACCAUAUGUAUGUCAUGAAUGUGGCAAGACAUUUAGCCAUGGCUCAUCCCUAACUCGACAUCAGAUAAGUCACAGUGGAGAGAAACCUUACAAAUGUAUUGAAUGUGGGAAGGCCUUUAGCCAUGUGUCAUCACUUACUAAUCACCAGAGUACUCACACUGGAGAGAAACCGUACGAAUGUAUGAACUGUGGAAAGUCAUUCAGUCGUGUUUCACAUCUCAUUGAACAUCUGAGAAUUCAUACUCAAGAAAAACUCUAUGAGUGUCGAAUAUGUGAGAAGGCCUUCAUUCAUAGGUCCUCUCUCAUUCACCAUCAGAAAAUUCACACUGGAGAGAAACCUUACGAAUGUAGUGAAUGUGGAAAAGCCUUUUGCUGUAGCUCACACCUUACUCGACAUCGAAGAAUUCACAGUGUAGAGAAACAGUUCGAAUGUAACAAAUGUCUGAAGGUCUUUAGCAGCUUAUCAUUUCUUAUUCAGCAUCAGAGUAUUCAUAAUGAAGAGAAACCUUUUGAAUGUCAGAAAUGCAGGAAAUCCUUCAACCAGCCAGAAUCACUGAACAUGCAUUUAAGAAAUCACUCUAGAUUGAAACCUUAUGAAUGCAGUAUAUGUGGGAAAGCGUUCAGUCAUAGGUCAUCCUUUCUUCAGCAUCACAGAAUUCAUACUGGAGAGAAGCCCUAUGAGUGUAUUAAAUGUGGGAAGACCUUCAGCUGUAGUUCAAACCUUACUGUACAUCAGAGGAUUCAUACUGGAGAAAAGCCAUAUAAAUGUAAUGAGUGUGGGAAAGCUUUUAGCAAAGGCUCAAAUCUUACUGCCCAUCAGAGAAUACAUAAUGGAGAGAAACCCAGUAGUGCAAUAAGUGUGGAAAAGCCUUUAGGCCAUAUGAAUCAUUCCACAUGUGAAAAAUCAUAGAAGAGAAAUCAGAAAUUUUAUGAAUGCAAUCUUCACCUCGCUCACCCUACCAAGAACUAA